CUCUCUCUGGCCGUGGCGGUGCCACCCUACAGAAUCCACCUCGCUGCUCGUUUCUGCUCGGAUAUUAAAGGCAGGGGAUUCUGUCACCGUGCCGUGGUGCUGAAGGGGGAGGAGCCAGUGGUCGAUUCAACACACUGCACACACACAGAGACACAACGCGCCAGGGAAGAGUUGCGGGCAAAGACACUGCUAACCCGUCAGAGACCAGUGAGGAAGAGGUGCCAUCUCUCGGCCUAGCACUUUGGACGACUUGAGAGACGUUUGGUGAAGGCGGGGGAGGAAGAGCAAGAGACAAAAAGAGAGAGGGAGAAGAAGGAGAAGAAGAAGAAGAAGAAGAAGAAGAAGAAGAAGGAGGACAAACACCUAAACGAGACUCCAAUCGCUCUCCGGAGAUGUUCUCCUCCUCGCGGUCGUCUCUCUCUCUCUUUCUCUCUCGCUCGCCCUCCCUUGUACGGCACAGCCGACGUCCGUCCUCCAACGCUGAGCUGUGCCAAGGUUGAGUUGACACGGCCACACACACAAACACACAACCAAACAGUAACACGCAUACACACAAACACAAACUUGGAGAAGAAUAUGUGGCAGAAGACACAGAGAUAAACACACACAAUCAAACACACUUGACAACACAGGCGGCAUCAGACACACACACACACACACACACACACAUGGUGGCCUUGUGUUCAUGGUCUCAGAACCGCCUCACCACAGCAUCCCGGGCCCCCGCUCCAGACCAUGAGGAGACCCAAGCAGCAGACGGGGCACCUUAGCUUCCUUAACUUCUUCAGCCGGAAGCCCAAGCCAGAGCCCGGGCCAGAAAAGCCUGCGGAAGUCUGGCCAAAGGACGAGGUGGUCAUCACCCUCACACCCAGCGACCAUCCACAGCUGGAGGAGAACCUCUCAACAAGCACCGCCGUUGAACUCUGCGUUCCGGUGACGGAUGGAGCAGACGUGAGAGUCGAUACAAAAGCCGACGAUGGGAGCGGCGAGGAAGCGUUCCCCGCGGGGGAGUGCUGCUCAGACGGCGGCGCCGGGGUGGACGUCGACGGCGGCGGCGGCGGCUCGGCCGACGUCCUGUCCCUGUCCUCCUCCGGCCAGGAGCAGCUUCUGGACGAGCACCUGGAGGAGUGCCCGCUGUGCCUGCUCAGCCAGCCGCGCCGCCACUUCCCCCGCCUCUCGUCCUGCUCGCACCGGGCCUGCUCCGACUGCCUGCGGCAGUACCUGCGCAUCGAGAUCUCAGAGAGCCGCGUGGGCAUCGCCUGCCCGCAGUGCGCCGAGCCGCUGGCGCCGUCGGACGUGCGCGCCGUCCUCGACGACCGGGCGCUGCUGGAGCGCUUUGAGGAGUACCAGCUGAGGCGCUUCCUGGCCAACGACCCCGACACCCGCUGGUGCCCGGCGCCCGACUGCAGCUACGCGGUGAUCGCCUACGGAUGCGCCGAGUGUCCCAAGCUGAGCUGCGGGCGCGAGGGAUGCGACACAGAGUUCUGCUACCACUGCCGCCAGCUGUGGCACCCCGACCAGACGUGUGACCAGGCCAGGCGCCAGCGCGCCCGCCACACGUCGGGCGGCCAUGACGGCUCCACGCUCUACGUGUUCAACGAGGACCCCAGCGGAGAUGCGGAGGAGAUCAAGGCGUGCCCGCGCUGCGGCGCUUACAUCAUGAAGACCAACGAUGGCAGCUGCAACCGCAUGAACUGCACCGUGUGCGCCUGCCAGUUCUGCUGGCUGUGCAUGCAGGAGAUCACCGACGUGCACUACCUCAGUCCCUCAGGCUGUACCUUCUGGGGGAAGAAGCCUUGGUCCCAGACACGUAAGGUCCUCUGGCAGGUGGGCAUGCUGCUGGGGGCCCCAGUGGUCAUCUCCCUGAUCGCAGGGAUAGCCAUACCAGUCAUCAUAGUGGGCAUACCCAUCUACAUGGGCCGCAAGGUUCAUGGUCGCUGUAAAAAAAACAACAUCUCAGGAAGUAAGCAUUAUUUGACCGUGGCAAGUGGAGUGAUGAUGUCAGUGUUUGUGUCGCCGGUCAUAGCAGCCAUCACCGUGGGUAUGGGGGUGCCCCUCAUGCUGACGUAUGUCUACGGGGUGGUCCCCAUGUCCCUUUGUAGGAACGGCUGGUGCCGCCCUCAGGGUGACCCCCCCGACUCACACAAGAUCCAGCUGGAGGACCUAGCUAGCUAUCUUCUGUUCUCUCACGUAGUCAGUGACCACUGGACGGGUCAAAACAAUCCGGGAAAUCCUGGCAACACCCACUUGCAGGAAGUUAAAGUCAGUGUACAGGAAGUGGGUGUGCUCCCUAGUACGAGCACGGCACCACCCGAGGUGAAUGCCUGCACAGGAUUGGAGGAAGCCACGGAAAGUCCUGGAUACUUGCAGAAGGCUAGCCAAUCAGAAUGCGAGUUGGUUGUGGUGCCCGAUGGCAAGCUGAGCGACACUCAAGCCUUCUCCUUAAGAGAUGGGACCAGUAUUAAGGUGCGGGUGGAGAUUGAGACCCACCCCAGGGGGGCGCGCCAGACCAGCCUGAGCAGCGUGCUGUCCGGCCACAGCCUCUCCGUGGAGUCCCUGGGACACUCCCGGCCCCAGUCGCUGUCCCAGGACUACCCGUGUGCCUCAGAACCUGCAGACAAGAAAGGAGCAGGAGGAGGCAGGGGAGGAAGUGGAGGAGGAGGAGGAGGAGGAGACGAAGGAGGAGGAGGAGUCAAGAAGUUGGAGGCAGGGGAGACCGAGGGGACUUUUUGGCCCGUCUUUGAGCUUGACGCAGUGUGAGGGCGUCACAACCCCACAGGGUUGAAUACCCGACUGGGUUUUUUGCAGAGAAACAAAGGGUCUUUGUGGCUACCACUGGACCGGUGUAACCCAGCCUGGCGUGGCCUGAGAGGAGCACGUAGCAUCGGCCAUCCCACCCGUUGCCUUUUUUAUCCUUGGCCUAUGAAGGAGAGGAAAGUGUGAAGGAGGAGCUUGAGCAUUUGUGUGUGUGUGUGUGUGUGUGUCUGUGUGUGUGAGUCUCCAUGUGUUUAUGAGCAUGCGUGUGUGUUUUUGUCUGCGUGUGUGUGUGUGUGUGUGUGUGUGUGUGUGUGUGUGUGUGUGUGUGUGUGUGUGUGUGUGUGUGUGUGUGUGUGUGGGUGCGUGUGUGAGUCUGCGAGCGUGUCCAUGUGAGCGUGUAUUUGCAUGUGUUUACGAGCGUGUGUUCGUGUGUGUGCGUGCGCGUGCGUGUGCGUGCGUGUGUGUGUGUGUGCGUGUGUGUGUGUGUAAUUGGACAGAGGGGAGAACUGGGCAGUGACUUCAUGGGCGUCUGCCGAACCUCUGCAGGAAGAACGUGGAACAUGACAUUAAAAAGAUAUCCCUGAAAGCAUGUAAGCAGACUAGUGCAGUGGGUAUACGCCUGUUGUCGAUUUAUCUCCUAAUGUGCGCUCUUUUAAAAAGGUACUACCUUACCCGGCAUCCCAUAAUACUAAUCAAUUUAAUCCCUGCUCCUCGCGCUAUGUCAUCCUCAUCCUUGUUGCCAUCCCAACCCUACUGAAUUGAUUAAAAACAGGCCAAAUGGGAAGUGAGUCGACCGAAAGCAUGACGGGAAUGUUCAUUCAACUCAUCACGACAACACGUUUCAAAUCACAUGAGGACAUAUAAACCGAUGUAUUGUUUGGUUUGAUCUGAAUGCAUCCCAUAAUAAGACCUAUGAGAAUCCACUGGUACGCACCCAAGGUCAGUGAAAGGUCAAACAGUUAGAAAGGGUGAACUGCCAGUUCUCACAGUAUUGUUGGGAGAUAAUAAUGAGUGCAUAUCCUAGCAUUCCUUUAGCAUAUUUAUAUAUACAUAUAUAUCAAACAUUCAGCCAUGCCAUACACUCACAGACAGUUAUGGCUCCAUAAGCAUUAUUUACAGAGAGUUCUGUAUCAUUGUCUGAUGGUGACUGUUGGUAGGAGGGGACGUGAUGGCUUUUGUGUUCAUGAAACAUCACGAUGGGGUCUCUGAUCCAGGUCCAACGUCUUCCACACACGGGGAGAAGGCCAGGGUUUUGACUAUGAAUCUAUGUCCAGUGUUCCCGGAAAGAGACCCACAGCAGUGUCCAUUUUGUUUUCUUUCUUUUUUUAAUUCUGGGAGACAGGAUUUGCUUUUUCCUUUUUCCUGUGGGUCAAAAAGCGCAAAACCCAUUGCAGUAUAUUACUGAAGUUAGAUGCAGCAAGAGCUGCAAACUUUUGUUCAAACAAAACAGCUGCAUGAUUUACUUGCUGUGUAUCCAGGUUAACCCAUAUAUGCAGCACACGUACACAAAGACACACAGACACACGCACAAACAGAAACAUAAAGCAGAAACAAGUAGUAGGGUAACCCUGCUAGCAGUACCUAAAAGUGCAAAAAUCUAAAGAAAAAACCUCUUAAAUACUCACGGAGCACCGAACUAGUACUUCUAAUACUACUACUACAACAGCAGCAUGCCAUUCCAGGCUAUUCUGUAUAACCCCCUGCUAGUGGAAUCAUGGGAAAACACAUGAUUUGUUAAGCUUCCUGUGUGUGAAAUGAUCUCAACAGACAGAGAUGUGCUGAAAUAAAGAUUUCACCAUGAAGGAUGA